AGGGCGGUUGGUUGGCCGACGAGACGGCGAUAGAUCCACAAGCCAAGCGAGUCACAAUAAUAAAGGCGGAGUUGGCAGGGGCAGUCUGAACUCGGCAACAGCACACCUCAACUCGGCUUCCACAGGCAGGCAACUCACCGGCGGAUUACACUACAUUUGUUUAGUUACCAGAGGUGUAACAAUGGAAUGUUGACCAGCUAUAUGAGUAAAACUAAAACGGAGAAAUUACCCGUACAUUGCGCACGUCACCGCGGACUUUGCGUACGAGACUGGCAACGGAGAGCUACAAAGCCGGCUGUGCCGUAUGGUUGAGAGCAGCCCAGCCCCCAACGAGUCGGAGUGGCCUGCUCAAAGGAGAGGGAAAGCUAACUUAGCUGAUGCAUUAACUUACCCUGUUGCUGCAUCUUACUGUUCGGUUUAGGUUUUACCUUGACAUCAUCGUUUAAAAGGGAUUUUAACGCACUAUGUCGUAAAAAGUUGGACUGUUGUUUCAUUUGGCUUAUAGCCUUUUAAGAGACAUCUGCAGGUUGUUUUGUGUUGGAUAACGUUCGCGUACAGCGUUGAUAAUAACACUGCUAGCCGGGUAGCUAGCAAGGUAGCUAACGUUAUAGCUACGUCGUUUCAAAUUAGCUAGAUUGUCUCAAAGCUGUGCACUACUUUUAGAGCAACAGCAGGUUAAACAUUUAAUUCCAAAACGCAGACACAUGAUUCCUUUGAUGACGAAUGAUACUGGUCAUUGUACGCGUUAGUAGACAGCUGGUGAAUGCGCUUUUGUGAAUUUGCCAUAUACCUCGCUUGGCUUUCCAUUCUCGUCAGUUUAACAUUAGGAUUUGGCUGUUGUAACGUGAAAACCCUGGUGUAAGGAUUUUAAGGCGAUAUUUUGAUCUUUGUGUAACUGUUAGUCAAUUUAACCGAUGCUGUGAAAUGCAUCUGUAUACUUGUGCAAGGUCUGUGUACUUUACAAGAUCUUCGUCGCAUUUUAACAAGCUGGUUAACUUACUAUCCAAGAGGGAGUUGAUCUGAUUGCUCGCUUUUUGCGCUGCAGCAUUUGAGCGCAUUGAAGUUUCUGGGAGUAAGAACUGGAAUCCAAAAAAUAAUUGAAGUUUAAGUGGAGUUGUGUGUCGUUUAGAUUGGUCAUCUGUUUGUCUGUGUGGGGCUAAGGGCUGUAUUGGGACUCUUGCAUCCUUCCUAAACCAGCCGAGCUCCUCUGCGAGACCUUCUUUACUUUCGCCCUGAUCUCUGCUCUAUUCCGGCUCCUCUCUCCGAUGUGGAGUGUCUGAGUUUCACCGGCAACCUUUCUCCCCCGGAGGCCGGACAUGCUUAAGUGUAUUCCACUGUGGCGCUGUAACCGCCACGUCGAGUCGGUGGACAAGCGGCACUGCUCCUUGCAAACUGUCCCCGAUGAGAUCUACCGCUACAGUCGAACCCUAGAGGAGCUGCUUUUGGACGCCAACCAGCUUAAGGAGCUACCCAAGCCAUUCUUCCGCCUGCUGAACCUGCGUAAGCUGGGCCUGAGUGAUAAUGAGAUCCAGCGACUCCCGCCAGAGGUGGCAAACUUUAUGCAGCUGGUCGAGCUGGACAUCUCCAGAAAUGACAUUCCUGAGAUCCCCGAGAGCAUUAAGUUCUGCAAAGCGCUGGAGAUCGCCGACUUCAGCGGAAACCCCCUCUCCAGUUUGCCAGAUGGCUUCACACAACUCCGAGGCCUUGCCCACCUCGCACUCAACGACGUGUCUCUGCAGACUCUACCCAGCGACAUAGGAAAUCUGGCCAACCUGGUGACCCUGGAGCUGAGGGACAAUCUGCUGAAGUCUUUGCCAACGUCUCUGUCCUUUCUUGUAAAACUGGAGCAGCUGGAUCUGGGCAGCAAUGUGCUGGAAGUCCUGCCGGACACACUGGGAGCCCUCCCGAACCUGCGUGAGCUGUGGUUAGACAGGAACCAGCUGACCUCAUUGCCACCUGAGCUGGGAAACCUGCGCCGACUUGUGUGCCUGGACAUCUCCCAGAACCGUCUGGAGGAAUUGCCCAAUGAGCUCAGCGGCCUGCUGGCUCUCACAGACUUGCUGCUCUCUCAGAACCUCCUGGAGGUCAUCCCCGACAGCAUCGGCUCCUUGAAGCAACUGUCCAUUCUGAAAGUGGACCAGAACCGGCUUUUGCAACUCACAGACUCCCUGGGAGAGUGUGAGAACCUGACGGAACUCAUGCUGACCGAGAACCUCCUGCAGUCUCUGCCCCGCUCGCUGGGGAAGCUCAAGAAGCUGACCAACCUGAACGUGGACCGGAACCGGCUUGGCACGGUGCCCCCUGAGCUGGGCGGCUGUGCCUGUCUGAACGUGCUCUCGCUGCGGGACAACCGGCUGGCCAAGCUGCCCGCUGAGCUCGCUGACGCCACCGAGCUGCACGUGCUGGACGUGGCUGGGAACAGACUGCAGAACCUGCCAUUUGCUCUGGCUAACCUGAACCUGAAAGCCAUGUGGCUGGCAGAGAACCAGUCGCAGCCCAUGCUCAAGUUCCAGACCGAGGAUGAUGAGCAGACCGGAGAGAAGGUGCUAACCUGCUACCUCCUACCCCAGCAACCCACGCCCAGCCUUGAGAACCUACUACAGAACAGUGUGGAUGAGUCCUGGACAGACAGCAACCUUAACCGCGUGUCGGUCAUCCACUUCCAAGAGGAGGCCAAGCCAGAGGAAGAGGACGACGAAGCUGCUGCUGAGAGAAGGCAGGGUCUCCAGCGCAGGGCAACUCCCCACCCCAGCGAGCUGAAGGUGAUGAAGAAGGUGAUCGAGGAGCGCAGAAACGAGGCCUACACCGCCAAACCAGACGGGGACCUGGAGUCUCCCGACUCCGAGGAGAAGCGCCUGAGUGGAGUGUCCAAUCAAAGCCACGACUCUCAGGCCUCCAACAGCACUGCCUCUGCGACCUCCCAUGAUGAGAGGCAGGGCCUCAACAACCAGAGGGAGGCUCUGGUGGACAGCCACAGACACGACCAGGAGGACGAGGAACUAGAUGAGAUGGAGGUGGAGUAUAUUGAGCCCACUGUGCACUUUGCUGAGGAACCCAUCAUCCGAGGCGGUGACGAUGAUGAAGACGAUGACGAGGACAAUGACGAUGGCGGUAGCGACGACAACGCCGAGCCGCCUCCCCCAUACCCUGGCCAGAAGCAGCGCCUGAUCCGCAAGGACACCCCACACUACAAAAAGCACUUCAAGAUCACCAAGCUGCCCAAGCCCGAGGCCGUGGCCGCCCUCCUGCUACAGGGCUACAACCCCGAUAGCCUCCCCCACUCCCCGCACGAGCAGAACAAUGCAGAAGAGGAGGAGGAGGAGGAGGAAGAGGAGGAGCGAAAGGACAUGAGACAGAGAGAGGAAGAGGAGGAUGAUGAGGAGCAAGGGGUGAGCGCUUCUACGCCGCUGCUUCAGCGGACGCCGGGCCCAGAGCUGGAGAACAGCCGGCUGCUGCACGUCAACUCCUCCUUGCAGCCGGUCAAGGGGGUGUCAUUUGAUCAAGUCAAUAAUCUGCUGAUUGAGCCUGCUCGAAUUGAGGAGGAAGAGUUGACCCUGACCAUCCACAGGCAGACAGGAGGUCUGGGUAUCAGUAUUGCCGGUGGAAAGGGCUCCACACCCUAUAAGGGGGAUGAUGAGGGCAUCUUCAUCUCGAGAGUGUCAGAGGAGGGGCCUGCUGCACGUGCAGGAGUUAAAGUGGGAGACAAACUCCUAGAGGUGAAUGAUGUCCUCCUGCAGGGUGCUGAGCACCACACAGCAGUGGAGGCUCUGCGGAGCUCGGGUGCGGCCGUCACCAUGACGGUUCUGCGGGAGCGGAUGGUGGAACCGGAGAAUGCCAUCACCACCACGCCGCUGCGGCCCGAAGACGACUACUUCCCGCGGGAGCGGCGCGCCAGCGGUGUUCCGUUCUGCAUGGAGCCCGGCUCGCCCGCACCCAGCACCGACACCUUUCGCCUGUCCACAUGCCUGCUGCGCAACGACAAGGGUCUGGGCUUCAGCAUCGCUGGAGGAAAGGGCUCCACACCCUACCGGACUGGAGACACGGGUAUUUUCAUCUCUCGUAUUGCAGAGGGCGGAUCAGCGUCCAGAGACAACGUCCUCAAAGUGGGAGACAGGGUCAUCUCUAUCAAUGGUGUAGACAUGACAGAGGCCAGGCAUGACCAGGCAGUAGCGUUGCUUACCGGCACCUCCCCCACCAUCGCCCUGCUGGUGGAGCGCGAGCAGGGCCCCCACGCCGGCCGCGGCCGAGCCCACUCCCCCCCGCCCCCAGAGCCUUCCGACUCCCCCGAGCAGGAAGAGCCCAACGACGAGCACGCCAACCACCUCAGCCGCACCAUGGAGGACGAGUACCCCAUCGAGGAAGUGAUAUUGGUAAAAGCAGGUGGACCGCUAGGACUGAGUAUCGUGGGUGGCAGCGAUCACGCAAGUCACCCGUUUGGCGUCAAUGAGCCGGGGGUCUUCAUCUCUAAGGUGAUCCCCCAUGGGCUGGCGUGUCAGAGUGGGCUGCGUGUGGGCGAUCGGAUCCUGGAGGUGAACACCACCGACCUGCGGCACGCUACACACCAGGAGGCGGUGAGAGCACUGCUCUCCAACAAGCACGAGAUCCGCAUGCUGGUGCGCCGGGACCCCUCCCCACCUGGCAUGCAGGAGAUCGUGAUCAUGAAGCAGCCUGGUGAGAAGCUGGGCAUCAGCAUUCGAGGAGGAGCCAGAGGCCACGCUGGAAACCCCUUUGACGCCACAGAUGAGGGCAUCUUUAUCUCCAAGGUGAGCUCCACAGGGGCGGCGGCGCGUGACGGACGGCUGCUGGUGGGCAUGCGUAUCCUGGAGGUGGGCAACCACAGCCUGCUGGGCAUGACUCACACGGAGGCGGUGCGGGUGUUGCGCUCCACCGGAGACACGCUGGUGCUGCUGGUGUGCGACGGCUUCGACCCUCGCAACGUCACAGGCAUCGAGUCUUCACCUGGGGUCAUCGCCAACCCGUUUGCAGGUGGGAUUGUCCGGAAAAACAGCAUGGAGAGCAUUUCAUCCAUCGACCGAGACCUCAGCCCUGAGGAGAUGGACAUCCUGCAGAAGGAGGUAGAGAUGGCAAGAGAGACCUCCCAGUGGGAGAGGGAGGAGAUGGAGAAAGUGGAGCGCAUGCGUUUGGAGCGCGAGGAGGCCACACGGCAGCUAGAGGAGGAGGCCGAGAACAUCAGCGCCGGUCCUCUGAAACUGGACUACAAGACACUGGCAGCACUACCCACAACCAGUCUGCAGAAGGUCAACCGGUUCUCUCCCUCGUUCUCUGCUUCCGUCCCAAUGGAGGCUGGCCUGCAGUGCGUUGCCCCCGUAGACCCCCUGGCCUUCGAGCCCGGGGUGGUCCUCACCACGUACUUCUCCCCCGAGCCCAUCAGUGUGGUCCCUGUGUCCCCCAAGAUGAGCGCGGUGCUCCCCCCGGCCUCCGGCCUCACCCAGGAGCCCCCCAUACAGCAUCCCGCCACGCCACAGGAAGGGGAAGAGGAGGAGGAGGAGUGUCUGGUGGACUCCCAACCCAUCUGCUUCAGCGAAAACCCGUUCCUGGUGGCCAAUCGCAAGGGCAAAGGGCGCCCCCCACAAGAGCGUAUUCUGUCUGGGCCCCCAGUGGGUUAUGGGAAACAAGGCCAGCUGAAGACCUGGCAGUACACUAAGGCACCCUCCACAGACGCCCAGAGGACAGACAGUCCUAUUCGUGAUGUGUCCUACUCACCCAGCUCCCAGCCCCCGUCUGUUAAGCAGCACUCCUCCCCAGCCCAACCGGCAGCUGGCAGAGAGACCCGGUUUGCCAGUAUCCAUUUCACCUCUAAUGCCACUCCCAAGGACAAUUCAUCUACCAAGCCGGGUGUGAUCCAGCCCAUGUCUCGCAUGAGGCAGACGGCCUCGCCAGUCAGUCAGGAUGGCCACAGCAGCCCCAACCCCUUCCAGCAUGGCCCCUCCCCCAUCAACUCCCAGACUUCUCCGCGCGCCCCUUCCCCUGACACAAUUGAAGAGUUCCCCAUCAAUAUCAAGCAGGCCUACAAGGCCUUUGCCGCUGUGCCCCACUCUCUGGCAGUGCUGGAGCCGCCUCAGGACAAAUUUGGUCAGCGGAACAAUGUUCACCCUGUACAGCCAUCCCCUGAGUCCGAUGGGGGAGAUGAUGUGUUCACAGAUGAGGUGGAGGUGGACGGGGGAUCGGACUCAGUCUUCCCCCGCCCCUCCCUUGCCUCGGAGGACUACGCAACUCUGGCAGCAGUGCCACGUCUUUCGCGGCCCACUGUGGAGUUUAAGACGCCUAGUCCCAUGGGAAGGAACAGCCCAGAGCAGCGCUCCUUCAGGGAUCGACAGAAGUACUUUGAGAUCGACGUGAAGCAGCAGACUCCAGACAACAAGCCCAAGCCCCGUGUCUCCUUGGUGGGGGAGGAUGACUUGAAGAAGAUGAGGGAGGAGGAAGCAAAGCGGUUUGACCAGUGUGCACGGGACUACUUGCUUGAUGAGGAAGAGGAAGAGGAGGAAGACCUUGCCAAACAAGUGGCUGCAAUGAAGGCCAGUGGAAAGGUGCUGCUGGAUGGCGUGGAGUACAAGGUUGAGAGUGUGGGUGGGAACAACUCACACGCUGCCACGCCCCCCAGGAUGUGUGCCACUCCCCCUAGCUACAACUCCACACCGCCAAGCUACUGUGGAACGUCCGGGCCUUCAUCAAUUGAUGGCAGAGGAGACUCACAGAGAAACUCCAUGGAGGAGACUUUCAGACUGGACCAGAGGCCCAACUCCAUGACUGGACUCGUGCCCAUGUACCCUGGUGUUGAGUCUGCCGCACCCAUCCGCACUGCCAAGGCGGAGCGCAGGCACCAGGAUCGUCUGCGCAUGCAGAGCCCCGAGCUGGCCAUCGCAUCAGACAAGGAACUGUCGCCCGCAGAGAAGCGUGCCCUGGAGGCCGAGAAGAGAGCCAUGUGGAGGGCGGCCAGGCCUUAUGGCCUAGAGGAGGAUGUCAGGCAGUAUGAGCAGGAUCUGGCCAAGAGACUGUACCAGUCCAGAGUGCGGGCGUCGCAAGCCAGUGCCAACACCAACCCCAACCCUUCCUCCUCUUCCUCUUCCUUCCAGCCCAGGAUGAAGUCUCUGGAGCAGGAUGCCCUAAAGGCCCAGAUGGUCAUUGCCAAGUCCAAGGAGAACAAGAAGCGCAGCACACUGGACCAGCUGGUCGAGUCGCCCUCGCCAGCCCCGACCCCCUCCCCCACACCUCUGGAUGAUAUCAGUCCUCGAGGUGUGACAUCACCAGGCAGACUGUCCCUGUCAGAAAAGAAGUUUGACUACCGCCAGUUUGCCGCCAUUCCUUCUUCCAAACCUGUUUACAACAUCGAGUCUCCCGACACUGCUGACAACAUGCGCUACAUUGAUGACGGCUCCAGCAACCCAGCAGUGGGUGCUGAUGUGGAGGUUUCUGCUGUGGUGGGCAGCUCUGCUCUGGAGGAGAUGGCUCUCUACAGCAACAAACGCAAACUCCGCCAGGCUCGUCGCAGCCUAGAGACAGCAGUGCCCACAUAACCCCUAGACACACACUCACACAAACACACACAGUUGAGAUUCCCAUAAACAAUCAUAUACACACAUGCAAACACAUUCUCUUUAACACUAAUGACUGAGGUGAAGUUUUAAACACUAAUGUACCACACUUGUACUUAUACAGUUACUGCACAGUAAUCAGACUACACACACACACACAGUUUCAGACCAACUUUCAGAUCAAAGCACCAAGAUUCAUGUGUUCAAUUCACCCCACUGCCACAACCUUGAGGGGUGUCCAUGGACGUGUUCACCACUCCAGCUCCUUGUCUUCUGGACGCCAGUCAUGCCUUUCAGAGCCCAGGGGUUGGCCAGGGAAAGCCCGUGUUCCCAGUGCUCUGUGCUGGACAAAGAGCCAACGUGAUGCUACCAGACCACCAACACUUAACUCAUUCAUCUCACCGUUCUGUCAUACUCUCCUGCCGGCCUUCAGUUUGCGUUUUAGAAGCUGAAUUAUUUUAAACUGACAACUCACACUUUUUUUCUUUCUUUUUUUAAUUCACAUGUAGUAUUUUAAUGACAAAAAAACACAGUUGUUUUAUGAAGAGAGAAAACAUGUAAAGAAAUGUAGUUGCUGUUGUACUAACUUUUCUGUUAAGUUUGAUGAGAAUUGUUGAUGAUGACUAUGCUAGAGGUAUUCUGUCGCAGUUUGAGGAAGGAGAGACGGCUACCUUCACUACCCCCCUUCCACAGGUCCUAAAGCCCACCAGAUUAAACCAGAAACCCAUUUGUAGUCCACUCCAUUGUGAUCUUGUCAUUGUCAGGUGUUCUUCCUUUCUCAAAGUAAACGUCAUCCCAGAAAAGGGGGCGGGGGGAGUGGGGUUUUAUUUCUGAAUGCACCAAUUACCUCACGGGCAUGAGAAAGGUGGUGCAGAGCCUGGCGCAAUCACACUGCUCGAGGCCUUGUCGCAGAGCUUUAAAUUCAUGACAUAUCUGGCAAUCUGUCAUAUCCUCCAUGUGUGAAUUGGAGCUUGCUUCAGAGUUAUGCAGAUGAAUGUAGUUGUUUUAUUAUUUUUCUUGAAAUUUGUAUU